ACUCUAGUACCCUAAGCACAUAAUAUAUAAGGAAGCAUUCGAUUCAAUCGGGUUAGUUGCCACUCGUCUCUCCUCCAGAUUUCAGAAAGAAAAUCACCAUGGUUCAAUUGGAAGGUACUUACCAAUUCGUCUCUGAGGAGGGUUACAAAGACUAUUUGAAAACUUUUGGUGCUGCCGAUGAAAUUGUGGAAAAGAUGGCCGCUUCCACUGAACCAAUUGUCAUCUCUUCCGUCACUAGUGACAGUAUCGCCAUUAACUAUGGAACUAACAAUCACGUUCUACCAUUGGGAAAGCAGACUGACGUUCUUUUGUCAGCGGGAAGACAUGUGAAGGUAACUCCCUCUGUGAAUGGAGACACCAUAACCUUAAACAGCGUCUUCGGAACAAAACCGGAAAUUACCGAGGAAAAAGUUUUUAAGAUUACAGAUUCUGGAUUGACUUCUACUUCAACCAACUCCAAAGGAGGAAAAGCCGUGCGGAACUACAAGAGAGCUUAAAUUUAAUUUUACUGUUUUUCUUUAAUAAAUUUUGUUUUCUAUAGUACUUAAAUAA